AUGAUGCAUCCCACCCUCUCCCUCACCUACGCUCUAACACUAGCAACAAGCACCUUCGCCCUAUCACCCCACCUAUCCACCCGCCAACAGCCCUUCAAAACAACACCCAUAACCGACUUCUCUGAACCAUGGGCCUUCGCCUUCCUCCCCGACACCCGCAUCCUCGUCACAGAGCGAAAAGGCAACCUCCUCCUCGUCGACCCAACCACCAAGUCCAAAGGCAGCAUCACCGGCGUCCCCGCCGUCGCGUAUGCCGGUCAAGGCGGCCUCCACGACAUCGCCUUACACCCCAACUACUCCAACAACAGUAUCGUGUAUAUCAGCUACGCCGAAAAUGGUUCUGGGGGCGCAGGCUGCGCGGUCGCGCGCACCAAGCUGAGUCUGAGUGGUAGCGGUGGAGCGCUAUCCGGUCUUGAAGUCAUCUGGCGGCACUCCCAGCGCGCCACAGGCGGCCUCCAGUUUGCGUGUCGUCUGAAAUUUAGUCCUGAAGACGGCGGGUUGUACAUAUCCUCUGGCGAGAUAAACCAAAUGCAUCCAGCCCAGUCCAUGACGUCCAACCUAGGGAAGAUAAUUCGGCUCUACGACAACGGGACUGCUUUUGCUGGAAACCCUUUCGCGUCUCAAGGCGCCAUCCAAUCCCAGAUCUACACGCUCGGCCACCGCAAUCCGCUCGGCAUAGACUUUGACGCUGCGGGCCGGCUGUGGGAAGUCGAAAUGGGCCCGUUUGGAGGCGACGAACUCAAUCUCGUUCAACCGGUGCGCAAGGGCUUGUGA